GCACCCGACUCCAGCCGCCGGGGCCGUAGCCUGGACUCCCCCCAGCCCGCGCCCCAAGGGGCGCCCAGGGCCCGCCGGGGUGGGUUUCCGCAGCACGUGUCCGUCUGCCGGGUCGCGUGCAGGAGACUGACGCUCUCCCGCGAAGGUUGUGGGGAGGCCCGGGGGAGGCACCGCCGGCCGUGGCUUGGGGCGGACGGCGUGGCGCACCUGGCUGCCUGCGCCUCCCGACGGACGCGGACGAGGCCAGUUCAGGGGUGAAGUUCAGGAGUGAAGCGGCCGCGGGGACAGGGUGACCGUCUCGAGGACACCCUCCUUAAGUUUUGGGCUCCACCGUCCCCCGGGGGCUCUGCAGUUGCCCAGCCCCAAUGGGGGCAGCUGGGGCGUGGGAAGAGUGAUGUCGCGUGGCUGCAGCUGAGUUCACGCCCUGAGCGAGCACACCCCCCUUCGUGUCACCCCAAUCUGGAGUCUCCUUCCAGGAAUGCCUGCCCUACAUUCCUACCCAGCUGGACAGCCUGGACGCAGCAGACACCCGCCCUGGCCGGGCCCACUGUGUCCUGCGAGCAGCGAUGCUGACGCCCCACUUGUAGCGAACUCUCCCUCACCGCGGGCACUGCAGACACACGAGGCAGGUUGGAGGACCAACCUGGAGCGAGAAGAUGACCUGGCACCCCAUAGGACAAGCCCCCAGGGAGGGUGCUGGGGUGGGAGGGGCCGUCCUCACCUUCCUGCAGCCUGGGCCAGCCGGGUGGGGGUGGGGGAGAUGAAAGGAUGUAACGAGUUCCCAACCUCCCCCAAUCUCCCCUAACGCUGACCGAAGCCCCGCCCCUCCCCAGACAUCUUGGAGCCGGGGGAGGUGCGAAUGGCCUCCUUUGUGCCUCUGAAUUGAAGGCAAUUAGGUGCUACUUAUCUGGGGGGGGAUUUGAGCCAUCUAUGCAGACCUGCCUCCCAACCCUCCUUCUCCUGAGCUUAUAAAUGUAGCCCGGCCCUGCCAAACUGAGGCGACCCUGUGCUCAGCCCAGGCCACCUGACCAACUCUCUGCUGACGCUGCGCCCAGCCCCCACCGUCCGCCCUGCAGAGGACCCUGUACCUGGGCCCACCACCAUCUAUCCCCAGGAUCCUGAGCAGAGCACCACGUCCAGCCAUGCCUCCCUUCCCCGCCCUGCCUUGUGGCCGCAAGCCAGCCUCCAGCUUUGGCUCUGUGGCCUGGCUAUCUCAGAGCAGCCAUGCAGAGCAGUCGCACACCUCCAGGCCCGCUGAGGUCUCUUGGGAGAGCUUCUCUGCCCCAGCCAGGGUGUCCGGCAAUGGGGAGCCCCCUCAGACCGUGGGCAUGGGGGAGGUGAAGUCCUCAGAAUUGUCUGCGCCAGGGACGCCCACAGCUGGAUUUAGCAAGGAGCCAGACAUAACUCGGGCUCCCCGCGUCCGCACAGCCUUCACGUCGGAGCAGGUCAGCACCUUGGAGAGCUCCUUCCAGCACCACCGCUACCUGGGCCCCCUGGAGCGCAGGAGGCUGGCCCGGGAGAUGCGGCUCUCCGAGGUGCAGAUCAAAACCUGGUUUCAGAAUCGCCGGAUGAAGCACAAACGCCAACUGCAGGACUCGCAGCUGAAGGUCCCCUUCUCUGGAGCUCUCUACAUGCCCCUGGCUUUCUACCCACCACCCUCUGCCCUGGGCGAUGGCCUGCAGCUGCUGUACCCUUGGGCAUCCCUGCCUGGGCCUCCAGCUCUGGUACCGCCCCCUGGCUCCUUCUGGGGUCCCUGUCAAGUAGAAGAAGCCUCCCUGGCCUCAGCAUGGGCCUCAUGCAGCAGACAGCCUCUGCUUUGCUGCCUCCCUGACCCUGGGGGCCAGGUGCACACACUGGGCCCCGCCUUGUCCUGGGGCCUGCAUGCCCUGCCAGAUGUCGGGGAUGCCUUUUGAGGAAACGUGGCAGCCCAGAGCCUUCAGCUGGGGUGCGUCCACACUGUGCUGUCCCACACACAGUAGGUGUGCGCGGAGCUGUGCCUGGCAUCUCCCUGGAGAGACAUUCGCCAUUUGUGUUUGCGUCACAGUGACGCCCUGGUGUGGGCCUCGUGCCCCUCCACAGGUGGGGCCUGGAACCCUGACCCACCUUAAGAUUCCGGAGGGUUUAGAGUUGACGACGUUUUAAAGCCGCUCCUUCGCUGGAGACUACCAAAGUGUGAGUUCAGGAAGCAAGUAAAGUGUCAGUGAACAGAAUCAAAAGCAGAAAAUGGGCUCAUUGUCCGUGGGCUUUUAGCAAAUGAUAAAAGGAUAAUUUAUUCAAUAUAUGGUAUUGGAAAAUCUGGUUUUCCAGUUAAAAUAAAAGUGGGUCCGUUCUUGUGCUGUAUGCUUUGUGUGUAAAAAUGAAAGGAUUAGGAAGAAGUGAAGGUGUUUGUCUUUAUCACCUUGGGGUUUGCAUUUCGCAUUACCAAUGACUCUGCAGCUGGGAUCCAGAAAGGAACAGAGUUGAUGGUUUUGCCCACUGAAGAACGGGAACCCAGCGGUGACGGCAGCCUCCACCAGGCCCUCUGGAUCGUGCACCAGCCCGGACAGUGUGCUCUAUGCCUCUCGUGGCUGUCCUGCUCCUUCUCUUGGGGAGGAGAAGCCUGGGGGACUGGGAUCCGAGCCAGUGUCUGAUCUGGCUCCCGGGCUC